AUGGUCGUCAGUGCAGUGACAUUAGGCCGUCAGUUGACGGGCAAAAAAGGACUCUACACGAUAACGAAGCAGUUGCAAGAGAGUGUUUGGCUAGCUGUGACCCCAAAUAAGGAGACUGUCGUGGUCAAGAGUGUGCAACAUUUUCGCCUAGGAAAUGAAAGAGACGUUCUUCUCCGUUUCCAAACCCGAUCCCCCUACCUCCGCACGCUUCUUGAUGAAAUCGAGGAUCCUCCAGGGCCGCCGGCUCUCAUUCUCAAGUAUCUGGAUGAUGAUCUUUGGAAUGCAUCCAACUGCAAAACACUUACGCGACUCGAAGUAAAAUAUGUUGCGAAAAGAGUAUUGGAGGCUUUAGCUGUUUUGCAUGGGGAAGGUUACGUGCACACUGACAUAAAGUCUAGUAAUGUACUGGUCAAUUAUCAGGAAAGUGAUAUCCGCUUUAGUGAUGUCCAGCUUGCCGAUUUUGGAAGCACCGUUCAUAUGAACUCUCCUUACGCUCAAGACGGAGAUGCUAUUGGGACGCCGAUCCUCAGAAGCCCUGAAGCGCAGUUACAGAUGAGAUGGGGUACUGCAACAGACAUUUGGUCUUUCGGUCUCAUAAGUUUGAUAUACGGGGAAGGCUUUCAUAUUUUCAAACCCGAUGUAUCUGCAGACGACGACGAAUAUGAACUCAAGAUUCUCAUGAAACAUCAUCGGUGCUUUGGACCAUUUCCUGCAUCAUAUGAGGAGAUCGCCGACGGUGACAGAAUCGCAGUCCUGAUAUGGAUCAUGCAAAAUAGUCCCCCGGAAACACUCAGGCCUUUCCGUCUCACGUCUGCGCGAGAGAUUUGCCACGGCGAUAAGGAAUUUGUGCUCAAGAUAAUGAAACUUGACCCAAGAGAUCGGCCAACUGCAAGGGCACUUUUAGAAGAUGACUGGUUUUGUCAAUUAUAA